CGCGCCUCGGUCACAUCGUUCUUGAUUAUCGCGUUCGCGCAGUUCGCACAGUAAAACAACAUUUCUGUUGUGAUUGGAAGUCAACUGACGUGUGUCGAUUUGAGUUCUAAUUUAUCGUUUAGCCGGUAAAUAGUUUCAUUGACAGCAUCAGUAUUAUUCGAGUCCAAUCAAGGUUGACUGGAGCGAAAAUUGGGUAGUGAAAUUGAGAGUUGUGCUUUGUGACAAUUUGUAACAGUUUAGUCAAAGUCACCGAAAGAAGAAAGUUAAGCGAUUCACGUUUAGUAUAUUCUCAAAACCACGAGAUUGACUUCAUCAUCGCAAGCAUUAUGCAUCGUUACAGCAACACAUUGUUAAUGGCAUCAAGCCUAGUGCUUUUUAUUGGAUCGAACCAUUUCAGUUAUGCACAGCCAGAGAUAACAUCGCUGGAUUCACCGUUACUGAUAUCCAAAUUAAGAGGUUUCCGCAGUUUAGCACUAAACAUGAUUGGGAACACGGGCAAUGAUGCAAAAAAGUUUAAAAUCAACUUAAAAAGGGGGAAACUGCAGAGGCAAUUUCCUUCAAACUACCCGUUCUUUUGUAACACCACCGGAAUGCGAAGCCCAUCUGUGCCAGAAUCGGUUGACAUGCUGCGACCUGGCGAUAUUGAUAUUGUAGGAGCUAUAGGCGAUUCAUUGACUGCCGGAAAUGGUGCAAUGGCAACAAAUAUUUUGGAGAUACUAGUAGAGAACAAGGGCCUUUCCUGGAGCAUCGGAGGACAAGGCACCUGGAGACAGUUUCUGACAGUUCCAAACAUUCUGAAAGAAUACAAUCCGAAUUUAUAUGGAUAUCCCAUUAAGGAUUCAAUGUCAACCAGCAGAGCCUCACUUUUCAAUGCAGCCGAAGGAGGUGCCAUGAGCCAGGACAUCCCACACAUGGCGAAAAAUCUAGUCAAACGCAUGCUCAACGAUCCAAAAGUCGAUAUUGGAAAUCAUUGGAAACUAAUAACUUUACUUAUUGGAGGAAAUGACUUUUGUUCUAACAUUUGCUAUACAAAUCCACCAGAGAAAGCAUUGCAAUACCACGAGGACAAUAUAUUGACUGCAUUGAGAAUUUUCCGCGACUAUCUGCCACGUACUUUUGUAAAUUUAAUUGCUAGUCCAAAUGUUGAUAUCCUCACGCAAUUCAAGGGGAAACCUCAGGAAUGUGUUACAAUACAUGUUUUGGAAUGUCCUUGUUUCGUCGCAACUCGAUUUGCCAGCGAAAAGCAACGUUACAUUAAACUGAUAGAACAAUGGAAUCUGCUGCAGAUGGAUAUUGCGAAUCGAGAGGAAUUUCACAGCCAGCCGGACUUCAGUGUAGUCUAUCAACCAUUCAUCAUGAAUUUAACGAUUCCGUCUAAGCCGAACGGGGAUACCGAUUUCACUUAUAUGUCGACCGAUUGUUUCCAUCUCAGCCAGAAAGGAUACGCUCGCUCCACCAACGCACUGUGGAACAACAUGUUGGAACCAGUGGGGAGAAAAACUGACAGUUGGGAGGAUGAAUUUACGAACUUCAAGUGCCCAACGCCCGAAAUGCCUUACCUACGCACACGUGGAAAUAGUUAAACGGAAUUAUGAUACAAAUAGUAAACCAAACGAUAAUACUGAUACAAAAAUAGUGAUAAAUAUGGUCAAACUGUGAUACUGUGUACUUCGUUGAACUGCGUAUGAUGGUGUUUCCUCGCCCAAUUGGGCAUAUUCAGUGUUCCAAAGUAGAAGAAAUUUUUGUGCAAUAUUAAUACGAAAAAUAAAAAAAAACAAUUUUGAAAACAAA